AUGCCAUUGAUACGCCCGAGAAAUCUCGAUUCUUUCCCGAGCUCUCCACAAUCUCCCACGUCAAUUGACUCACCGUUGAGUCGAGUCUCAACAGUAUCCGGUCGAGAAUGUCAUCAAUGCCAUGAAGAGUUCCGAAGUGGAGAACCACAUUUUAAAGUCGAAAACACUUUAUGGCACUUAAGUUGUUUCAAAUGUGCUCAAUGUUUUGAAGAGCUUGAAGAUAAAACUUAUUUCCAUUUCGAGGGAAGAAACUAUUGUCAACACGAUUUUGAGAUCAACUAUGCUCCGAUUUGCAAAAUAUGCACUACUUACAUUCUGGAGGGUCACGUUAUAAAAGCGGCUACUGGUUCAUAUCAUGCGGAGUGUUUUAAAUGUGACGAAUGUGAGGGAACAUUAGAUGAUGGAAUGUGGAUCGUUGAUGCACAAAAGCUUUGUCACGAUUGUAAGGAGUUAAAGAGAAAACAAGCCCACUAUAUCUGUGUGAAAUGUCGCCAAUCGAUUGAUGAGGAUGAGCUGCUGAAAGUGAACAAUGAUUUCUUUCACUCCUAUCACUUUGAGUGCACCAGUUGCAAGCGAACCCUUACCCCUGCUGCUCGUCAAGACAAAAACCAACUCUUUUGUCCAAGAUGCUACGAUUUGAAGUGCGAGAUUUGUUUUGAUUGUAAACGAGCGAUCGAUCCGCAAAAUGAAAGAUCAGUAAUGGCAAUGGGCAGACACUUUCAUGUGGAGCAUUUCCGUUGCGUUAAAUGCAACGUGGCCUUUUAUGGGAAACCGUACUUUGUGAAGAAUGAAAGACCUUAUUGUGAGGAACACUAUAUUGAGAAUUUCGGAGAGAAAUGCUUCCGAUGCUCAAAAGGUUUAACUGGGGAAUCGAUUCGAAUUUUUGAAAAGGGUUGGUGUCAUGGUUGUUAUGUGUGUCGUGGCUGCAAUCGUUGCCUUAAUCUCACAGAUAAAGUACUUGAAGAAGAUAUGCAACCGUUGUGCAAAAAGUGGAACCCGGGGGUUCGGAUACGACUUACCAAAAAGGGAAUCAAUCAUUUGAAGACUGUCGCAGUCAAACUAUUCAAUGAACAGAUCGCAAAUAUACGGGGCUACUCAUCUCAAUAUCCAUUUUCUCAAUCAGGAAUCACUGGCUUUGUGAAUCUACAAAAUGUUAGAGUUCUUCAAUAUCGACCGCCACAAUUUUCCGUUGUUAACUUUUUACCUCCUCGUUACAUUGUCUUUGGACUCGAGAACAUGGAUAUUCAAAUCGCUGGAUCAUUUGAUGGAACAGCUCCUCCUUUUCAGCUUUCUGGAAAUCUCGACGGAUUUAUUCAAGGAAUGACCAUCGCGAUGACAGCUGAAUUUAUAAGGACUGAGCCGGGUUUGAUCAACGUUCGUGUCUCAAAUUGUUCGACAAUCAUUCAACAGUCAAAUUUCAACAUUUAUCCAACUGGGCCAACCAGUGGGUUAAUCAAAGCUUUUGAGGGCCAAAUCAAUGACGGGAUCCGAAAACGAAUUCCAAAUAUGUUUUGUCGAAAGUUGAAGAAUCUCGUUGAAAACAAUUCUCCAAAGAUAUUUGCUAGGUUGAGUAAAACUAAUCUCGGUGAAAGCUUCAAAACACCGAUCGUUGAUGAUGGUGGAAUCAUGCAAAAAUUCAUUUCCGAUUUUGUUGACGGUCUUUACAUUGACAAUCGCAAUAUUGCUGAUCCAAUUGUGACUGAAGACUAUUUUGAGACACAAAUGAAAGGAGAAGUUCGCUAUGAAAACAGUGACUAUUCGACACCGUUCUAUCCAAAACCAAUGCAUACUCCAGAAUCCUCUGAAAGAAUGCUUUAUUUUUAUGGAUCAGAUUAUUUAUUCAACUCUUUACUAUACCAUGCCUAUCAAAAGAAUAAGCUAAACAUUGAAAUGAGUGUAAAUAAUCUACCUGAUCGUUAUAAAGGAUUAUUGAGGACAUCGUGUACGAGGAGAAGAACAAGAGAUCUCAAUGGGGGAUAUUGUAUUGGAAGAUUGAUUCCAGCAUUGGCAGAAGCUUACCCUGAUACAAAUGCUUCUUUUGUUUUGCUACCCCAUGGUUUACCAGAUUUCCAAUUCAAUGGCGAUGCUGGAGCGAUUACUCUCUCAACAAGAAUCAUCACUUAUGUUGAUGAUGAGGGUUUUGAAAGACAAGUGAUGGUUGCAUCAGCGGACGGACAAGUCGAUUUACAGCUAUCAGCAAAUGGUGGUCGAUUAUCUGGUGAUAUGAAAUUGAACAAACUGGCCAUCCGUUUACAUCGCUCAAAUCUCGCUGACAUCGAUCCGGAAACAAUUGAAGGACUUGCCCCAUUGGCGAAAAACUUUGUGGCCCCACAAAUUGGUCAGGGAAUGAAAAGGGGAAUUCCUUUUCCGAUAAAAGAUCAACUGGAGUUUGUUUCUCCAUCUCUUCGUGUUGAUGAUGGAUAUAUCGAAUUGGGCACUGAUUUUAUCCUCAAUGAAUCAGUUUUGAGGAAAAAGGUCGCUGAAGUGUUUAGGCAUUCGAUGCCCUUGGGCGGUCUAUUCGGUGGGAAUGCCAGCAAGGCCCAGCCACUCUCAAACACCGAAUCCCCCAAAGAUAAAAAGGUUAAAGAGGGAACAGAAAAAGAUGCAAGAGGGACAAUACUCAAUCUACAAUCACACACUGUUGUCAUUGAUAGGAAAUUAGCUGAAGGAGGCUUUGCAAUCGUCUAUCUUGUAACCGACAAGAAGAAUAGAAAUUUUGCCCUCAAACGGCAAUUCAUCAAUGAUGAUCCGAGACAAGUAGAAGCCUGCAAAAGAGAGUGUCAAAUCAUUAGUAGCCUUCGUGGACACAAAAACAUUGUCGAAUAUGUAGAUCAUUUGUUGGUGAGGUCGAAGAAUGGAGUUCAUGAUUACAUGCUUCUCACCGCUUAUUAUAAAAAUUCGGUCCUUGGUUUGAUGAAUGAUCGGCUAACACACGGGAAAGGAUUCACACCGGCUGAGGUUUUAUCUAUUUUCUGUGACAUGUGUGAAGCAGUUGCCCGUCUUCAUCACUCAACCACACCUGUCAUUCAUCGUGAUUUAAAAGUGGAGAACAUUUUGGUGGAUGAGCGAAAUCGAGGAGCCGCUCCAAUUUAUGUUCUUUGUGAUUUCGGAAGCGCUACGACAAGGGUUCUUUCAACGGAAACCCACCAAUUGAGCCAAAUCCAAGAGGAGAUUGAGAGAUAUACGACAUUGAGUUAUCGAGCACCCGAGAUGAUCGACUUCUAUUCAGCAAAACCCAUUGGCGCAAAAGUGGAUAUCUGGGCGUUGGGUGUGAUGCUUUACAAGCUAUGCUAUUUCUCACUUCCAUUCGGCGAUUCGGCGAUGGCCAUUCAGAAUUGCGCUUUCACAUUUCCCCAUUCUCCCGAAUAUCCUCUAGAGAUUCGAGCAACAAUAAAAGCUUUAUUGGAUGCCGAACUGGACACUCGCCCCAAUAUCUAUCAAACUGCCUCAUUGGCCUUUCAAGCGGCUAAACGACAAAAUCCAGUGCAUAAUAUUGAGAAAGUACAAAGCCCUUGUUUGGAACGCUGUAUAACAGACUUCAUGGAAGGGAGAAAACCCACCAAACAAGCAAUGACCCCUGUAAAGCAGCAAAAGGAAGCGGAAAAAAAAGAAGAGGUAGAAGUGCCUACGUCUCAACUCUGUCCGACGGCUGAAUCGUCUUCUGUGCUAUCAUCGGGUCAUUUGACCACUUCUGUGAAUCCACGUUUAAGGCCAAAACCGACGAACAGCAUUCCCCGAUUACCCAACAUGGCUUGUGCAAGUCCACAGAUGACUCCACGAUCAGCACGAGUGGCAAGCACUUCUGAACCGGAUAUCCCUCCAGCGAGUGUUGCCUCUGCUACAAUUCCCCCUCCCGAUGUCGAUCUGGGUCCCCUUUCCUGUCCUCUAAUGAAGGCCGAUGCUAGUUUUGAUGGACUUGAUGAAAUUGCGAGAAGACCGAGAUUAGCCGGGAAAAGGCAACAAGAUGAGACAACCGUCACCGAUUCCCUUCAUCGUCGAAACCAAAGCGAUUGCUCGACGGUGAUAAAGAGUGCCUUUAAACCGUACAGUCAAACAGCUCCCAACAACAAAAGUGUUGAAGGAGAUGAGAAACAGUGGAAUCCAUUCACGGCAGCUCCUUAUGGAUCGACAAGUGAGGGAAUGGAUGAUUCAAGUUUCGGCACAUAUUUCGAUGAACUUCCAAGAAAUCCAAAUCAAGAGGUGAGUGAUCUUAUCGAAGAGAUGGAUGGAUGUUCGAUCGAUUCACGCGAUCCGUUUGGCGCGGCUCCUUUCGAAGCUCCUUCAGCUGCAGAGAGACGCCGAAUGAGAAGCGAAAGAGAAAGAGAUGACUCGGUGGGAUCGGCUGGGGAUUUGGCUAGACUUAUACAGGAGGACUCCUCUGAUAUGGAUGAAGUGAGAGUGGCGUCGAGGCGACGUUUCAGCUAUGAGCAUAUUGAUGGAGUUGGUGAUGAUGCGAGUAGUGACAGUAGAGCGAGAACGGAAGAGGACAGCAACACUGACGAUCAAAAGUUGGAUGAUGACGAAGAAGAUGGAGAUGCGACACAAACAACAGAAGGAGCUGAUCAUUCAGAUGAAGAAGGAGGAAGUAGACCAUUACUCGAUGAAGAUGAACUGGAAAUGGAGCAUGAGGACAACGAUGCUUUGUGGAUUGAAGUGAGCGCUCGUAAAUGUACUAACCCUUUUCUCUGCUCCACACCGCAAUUUCAACAACACACCGCUCAUUACAGAAAUGAUAAAACACCUGAGCCGCCAAAGCGUGCACAAAAUGCUUCAAAUGGUGAACCAAACGAGAGAAGGGACACGCUGACGUUUCAGAAACCAUCCCUUCCAACAGUUCCUCCAUUGGAAAUCUUCCAAGCACCGGCCACUCUUCCCCGUCAAGUCACGCCACUAUUUGCCGUUCCGAAAGUCCCAGCAAAGCCAGAACUGAUGCAAAAACCAACAUUUACUGCCGCGCCUCCCCUUCCCUCAAAUGCCCCAGUCGUCGUUCAACAAACAGCUCCAGAACCACCAAAAACGGCGACACUUGUCGAUUUGUCUGAACCAAAAAUUGUCUUCAAGGAGAGAACGACAAAAACGAUCAAAUCGGCUCCUCCAAUCCCUCAACAUGGCGUCUCUAGUUCAGUCAUCAAAAAGAUCUCUGCCGAUCACACAGUGAAUUUGAAACAAGAAAAGGAGAAUAAGUCAUUGAGCAAAUCGAUGGAAGGAACAGAUUCCUUCGCCAGCGUUCAUUCAAUCGCUUCUUCUUCAGUCAUCACUACUGUACCAAAGGGAUUCGGGUAUUCGAGUCCGAGAGUGAAAAAAGAAAAGAAGAAAAUUGCUCAGAGAAAGAACUCUUCCAGUUCUGAUGAAUCCCUGCAAACUGAUGGAAGCGAGGCUGAAAUGUUUGCCAGCGCUUUAUCCGAGACAAAAGUGAAGAAGAGCAAGCAUAAGUUGAGAGGAUCUCAUCCAUCAGUAGUAGCCGUGGCGCCAACUGAUUUAAAAUUGACACCGAUGGAUGUACAGAAACAACUACAAAAGCGUGGAUCUUCAACGAAACGUGAUGACAGUGGAGCGGUCAACGCGAGCUUUGUCAACAGUAGUUUUCAGGCUGAAGACAUUGACUCGCCUCCACGUGUCCGAAAUCCAGUUGUGCAAAAAUCC